GCAAGAGUGGAAGGGUCAUGAUAUCCAUCGACAUUCCUUAGAGUAGCCAAUGUUCCCGGCACAAGAUUGUGAUUGUUUUCCGUGCAUGUGCUUGGGGCUCGUGCAGACAACUACCAACUAAGGUGACCAGUACGAAAAAUGUCCAUCCACCUUCAGGGAUGGGACUCAACCCUCAAGGAGAACUGCCCCUAUCCUGCCGUUCAAAGUGGGUGAAGUGAAGAAAAGACACUCCUGAGAGAUAGACUUUGAAGCUUUCGCCUUGGUCCCAGGGCUGCUGUGAAGGCCAGAGCGGCCGCGAGCUGGUUCCAUUUCCAACGAGAGGACAAGGCGCCUGGAAACAUUUUGAAGCGCACCGAGGCCAAAAGAAAGGGAACGACACGCUUGCUUGGAUCAGCAGUCAAUAUUGCUUUGCACUUUAGUAGGCGGUGUUUUUGUUCUGCCACUUUGAAGUGGUUCAUGAGGACUCGGAAAUCUAUCAACCAUGGAUAUGGAACAAAGUAACGAGCCUCCCCCUCAGGUGGACCCCCCCGAGGUAAAUGCCGAGUCCCAAAGUGGGGUUAAAGUCGACCAAAAUCUAGGCGCUCUCAAGUUAGCCAAAGUCAAUGUGGUCCUUCGGAGGUGUGAUGAAGAGGUACAAGAGUCCACCGAGCCUCAGAAGCCCGCUGAUCCUGGUAAAGACGCAGUUCCAUCGCAAGCUGAAGAUGCCCUCGAAGAUAUGGAACACGAGAUUUUGGAUCCGGACAAUCCUGGCAUCGAUGCCAAACUUAUUCAAAGGGAAGGUGACUCUGCUCUUGAUAACCCAGAGGGUGGAGAAGACUCAUCAAGCGAAUCGACGUCGAGUAAAUCCGGCUCGGGCAAGAGGACUUCAUCCCGACUUCAGGAUCCCGAACGAGCGGCUAAACACAAGGCAUUCUUACAGAAGGUCACAGUGGCAACUAACGGCAGUAUGGAGUCGUUUUUGGAACAAGAAGCCACAAAAAUCGAGGCCAUCCCACCCUUGAAGAGGAAAAUCAGCCCUACUGGGGCCCACAGUGACAGUAAAAGAAGACGAAGCUCAAGGAACAAUUCGGCGGGACAGGACGCCAGUAAUGAUUGUUAUUGUUGGAUAUGCCACAAGGAAGGUGAUGUAAUUUGUUGUGAAACAUGUCCAAGAGUGUUUCAUUUGAAAUGUAUCCAACUGGAAAAUGCACCGACCGAGGAUUGGGUGUGUCCAGAAUGUGUCUUAAUAAUGACUGCCGAAAACAUGGACACCAGGUCUCGGGCAAUGAGGUUACUCAACGUUGAUCAGUUGUGCACACUUUUGCGACACGCCCUCAACCGCAUGCGUUCCAUUUCGUCCAUUGAUCCUUUCCUCAAGCCGGUGGAUUUGGGUGUCUUUCCCGCUUACAAAGAUUACAUCACUUGUCCCAUGGAUCUCAGUGCCAUUGAGCGCAAUAUCAAGCGGAAACAAUACGGUUCAACUGAGGCUUUCCUAGCUGAUACCAAAUGGAUCCUUCACAAUUGCAUCAUCUUCAAUUCGCUCUCAUCCAAGUUAACGUCCAUUGCCAAAACACUCGUGAAAAUUUGCAAGCACGAAAUGCAAGAGAUCGAGAACUGUCCGGACUGUUACAUGAACGCCCACACCAAGAAAGACUCUUGGUUCGUGGCAGCGUGUCGCAUUCCUCAUUUGUUGGUGUGGGCCAAGCUCAAAGGGUUUCCUUUUUGGCCUGGCAAGGCCAUGCGUGUGAACGCCGAGGAAAGUGUCGAUGUGAGGUUCUUCGGGGUACAUGAUAGAGCUUGGAUUCCGCUCAAAGAUGUCUAUUUAUACUCGGAGGAGCCACCGGUUCAUUUGAAGAACAAGAAGAAGGGAAACUUGGAGAGUUGCGUUGAAGAAGUGAAUAUGUAUAUUAGCAAUAUCACAGAGAAGUUCGGGUCCUUUCAACACGCUCCACCUAAAACCCCAUUGGAUCCUAAACGCGAAGAAGAGCAGAUCCGAAUCUUGUAUCCGAAGUGUUCCUUGCCCUUUGAACUGGGACCGGUAAGAAGACGAACUCGGACCUAUAGCUUCUCUGGAAGUGAGCGAAGUCAUUCUAAUACCCCCACGCCCAGCGAAACCGAUUACAUGGAUGACGCCCAUUCUAACCCUCCUGUAGAAAGCCAAACCAUUCUUGAAGGUACUAAAACCGAGACGGAAGCGGGACAAAACGAAGCCAACAAGAAGGAACCCACUGAUGCCGAGACUCCGAUGGAAACUACCGAGGUCGACAAGGAGACAAAGGAGGAUGCGAAAGUGAAAAGUAAAGACUCAAAAGACGGCGAUGAAACCAAGCGGAGUGCUGUCAGCCCCCCUUGUGAGGUGUCCAGUACAACCCUCAUGUCAGAGGAGGAGAAGGAAAAGAAGAGGAAAGAAAAACUGGCGGGCUUGGAUGAGACGGAAUCCGAUAAAGAUAAGAAAACCGUGGUGAAAGAGGUUGCCGUGAUUGCAGAGACCUCUGAAACAGUCGAGCUUGAAGGAGUGUUAAAUGAAGAUGAGCAUGAAAAUGAACUUAUCUUGGACGAAGAGGAAAUCGAUGACGUCGAGGAAACUCCGGACGAUGACUUGGAGGGUGAAAAUGAAUCUGAGCCUUCGAAAGAAAGUUCUACAAAAGAAGUACAAGAGGAAAAACAGGCAGUGUCAAGGGAAUUGGAAGGCACUGAAAAAUCUUCAAAAGAUGAUCCAACUCCCUCAGCAUCUCCUACGCCCGCAUCUGCACCUGAAGAUAAAAAGAAAGAAGCUCCACAAUCUGUGAAGGAACCUGAGACCAAGGAGGCACCAACUGUUUCCGAAGAUGUCAUCAAAUCUCCUGAGAGUAUGGAAAUAGACGAUGUUGAACCUGACGCUGAAGAGAUCCUUGACGACGAUGAUGAAGCCGUUGAUCCAUCAAGCCUUUUCGGCUCAGGGAUAAGUAUUUCAGUGGUCGGCAAACCGGUAGAUUUACCCAAACCAGCCCUAGCUAAACCAGCCUCAGCUAAACCAGCCCCAGCGAAAACAGCGAAGCAAGCCAAACCUACGGAACAGCCUAAGGUUCAAGCUCCUCUGGCAGUGGCCAAAGAGAAGCCUGUGGCUGCUCAAGAAAAGCCUGUGGAAAGCCCACCAGAAGUCAGCAUUGGCAGUGACAUUAGUGUCACCAUUGUUCCCAAGAAAGCCAAUUCAAGCGGUCCCUCUGUUGAUGAGCCACCUCCCAAGAAGAUGCUGAGAAUUAGUGUGAAGAAAGAAAGUGAACUCAUGGGAACCACAGUGGUACCUCAACCAGCGAAGGACCUGGUGAAUGUUCAAUCUAACGUCGGUAUGCGCUCAAAGAAUGUGUUCCCUCGCAAAAGUACCGAUUCCAAUGAGGGUGAUGAAGCAAAGUGCUUGGGGAAAAACCCACCCGAUCCCAUCGUCACCAUCAGCAAAGUCCAAACCAUCGUUUCGAAAGAUAAAGAGUCGACGCAGACGUCAUCCAUGUCAUUGCUCAAAUCAUCUGUGAACAACAUAGGACAGAAGCCUACCAUGAGUUCCAAUCAGCCUCCAAGAAUCCCUACUUCCAGCCCCAUUUUAUACAGUGUCUCUCAAACGCCCCCCAAUUCAGCAAGUGUUGCCAUGAGCUCAGUUGGAAUGGGGAUGUCUCCAAUGCCCAAGACCUCGUUAGCGCCGAGCUCACUUGCCAGCAUAUUGGGCGCUCCGCGGAUGAACGGCCCCUCGUAUCGUAAUGGGCCCGGGGGAAUGCCGAUGCCUCAUGCCAUGCAAACUCGACCAGGUGGUCCCCCUAUGCCUUCAGGUAUGAUGCGUAUGCCGGGCCCUCCUGGACCUUAUCGUGGUCCAUCGCCAGGCGGACCAAUGGGUAUGCCUUCACUUCACCCACGCCCACCUACAGGUCCUUUGAGUGCCCCUCCCAAUAUUCCACCCACAGCUGGCCCUGUCUCGGAACAGCUACACAAAGUGGCCACGAAGUUGGUGGACUACAUGCGAGGAAGUUUGGAGGACCUUUUCCGAGAAUUGGCGUCAAAAGGUUCCCACGAGGCUCACAUCAAAUCUCUCCAAUUGGAAUUGGAAAAGAUGCAAUGGCGACAUCAGCAGGAGUUAGCCGAAGUAAAGCACAAUGCAGAUCUGAUCCUCUUGGAACUUCGCCAAUCCAUGGAGUCAGAAAAACAGAAGACCCUUAAUGACAUUCGCAAACAGGCGGAUAUUGAUCGACAAAAGGCGAUCUCUGAAACCAAGAAGAAACAAUGGUGCGCUAAUUGUGGAAAAGAAGCCAUUUUCUAUUGCUGUUGGAACACCUCGUAUUGCGAUUAUCCCUGUCAGCAAGCCCAUUGGCCAAGUCACAUGACAAGUUGUGCUCAAAACCAAUCAAACCAAGAUGAUGACUCACCGUCCGACAACCAAGAUCAAGCAGGUGGGAUGGACCCAUCCACAGCAGCUCAUUUCUUGUCUCGAUCCUCUGGUGGACCACCUGGACCCUCCAGAAAUGCCCAACCCAUGAAUUCCCGCGGUCUGCAGGGCGGACCCUCUGGAAUGCAUAUGAAUGGGCCCAUGGGGAUGAACCCCCGAUUCAUGUCGCAAAUGGGCCUACGCUUUCCUGGAGGAGUUCACGGAGGCCCAGGUGGGCCUCAGCCCCCUCGAGGAAUGGGUCAGCCUGGUGUUCGGUUUCCCUCAAGCUACUUCAUGUAGCAUCAAGUUGCUCAAGACUCUCUGUUGUUCUUCCCGAAUCCUUGGAUGUAAAAACGAGAGCGAAGACAAGCUCUGGCUUCCCAAAUGAAACCCUAUCUUAUUACCUUGUCAGCCAACGAAAUAGUAUUUAUACACUUUGCAAGGAAGACAUCCAUUUAUUAGAAACGUUUGGAUGGACCAACUACUAUUAAACCAAUAUUUUCCUUAAUAAUACUCAAUGUGCAUUUGUUUGUUCAAUAAGCAAUAAAACGAAAACACUUAAAAAAUUUGACAUCAA